AUCUUUCCUCAGUUAGCGCUAGGACUAUUGUAGCCUACAUUUUCCCGGUUAGGAUGAUUGUGUUAUGCUAUAUAUACAUCUGUGAAUAUCUGAACAUUGAAUCCAAAAAAUAAACUGCUCACAUUCUGGACAUAACUUUGUAAGGACUGUGUUUGUGUAAAUAGUUUCUAAAAAAAAGUGUGGCCAGCUCAAACGCUGAUUGUUGCGUCAUUCGAAACUGGCCGUUCUAAAUGAGUGUUCUAAUCACACGGGUGUGAUCGUACGCUUCAGGGACCACUGUAGAACGAUCACACCCGUGUGAUGGUACGUAUGAAAGGAUUAAAGACCUCUUUGUAGUCUGGUUUUCAGCUCAACCGUCACUAAAUCAUAUUCAACCAAUCACAGUUUAACUAAAAACACCCCUGGUCAAGUAUAUUAAUCUCAAACGACAAACAAAAAGAUCAGUUUUGUUGUUCUGACCUCUGUUACAUGACCUUUGACCUCUAUGCAGAGUAGUGUGUGUGGGCGGGGACAGCAUGUUCAGCGAGAUAGUUCACGGCCUGGUCUCUCGAACACACAGGGAUAACGGAGUGGACCAGAACAGCCCGGAGGAGAAGCUGGUACCCUGUAGUCUCCACAUCGACAUUAUACCCGCAGGUUCAACGGACUGCAUCUGCUAUGCCACUGUCGGCAUCAAUGACCCUGUGACCUCAGCUUUACAUGUCAUAGUGGGAGACUCCCAGCCAAUGGACGUGUGCUCGGUCCAUCACAACAACACAUUCUUGAGGUAUUCCGUCUCCCUGCUUGGAUACGGUUUCUACGGCGACGUGCUGGCAGACAGCGAGAGGAAACGCUGGAUGGGACCAGCCAGAUAUGACUUUUCAGGUUUUAAGACGUUCCUGACACAUCACCACUAUGAAGGGGCUGUGUCUUUUCUACCAGAAACUGACACACUGGGAACACCGCGAGACAAGACCAGGUGUAGAGCUGGGUGCUUCAUAUGCCAGCGCAACGGGCAGCUGUAUUCAGGGGAUUCCCCAGAGGAAUCCAAGACGGCUCCAGAUGUCUCAGACAGAGAAUAUGAAGUGGGGUGGGGGGUGGUCAGAGGGAAGUUCCUGGCCGUCAACGCAGCCAGUAUGAGCUGUGCCUGUCCCCGUAGCCCCAAGGGCCUGUCCCCCGCCGCCCAGGUCGCUGACGGCACCACCGACCUCAUCCUCGUUCGCAAGUGCUCCCGAUUCAACUUCCUUCGCCACCUGCUACGCCACACCAGCAAAGACGACCAGUUUGACAUGACCUUUGUAGAGGUGCACCGUGUGCGGCGCUUUCGCUUCACGCCGCGCCACUGCCAAAACGACUCGGAGCUGGACCUGAGGGAGAACGGCAAGCAGCUCUUCAGCCAGAUCUGCCGGGACCACCCGGCCUGCAGCUGCAGCCCUGCCUAUAGCAGCUGGAACUGUGACGGCGAGAUCCUCCCCCACGCUGCCAUUGAAGUCGGAGUUCACUGCCAGUUGAUCAAGCUGUUUGCGCGAGGGAUCGAAGAGCAGCCUUUGUUUGAGGACCUCGUGUGCACUCUAGGUCCCCUCGUCCCUCCGCUGCCCUACCCUAUCAGUCACUGGAACAGUCCUACAACAUUUCAAAGGCUGCCACUGCUGUCACUUACCUUAGCCCUGUGCACUACCUUUCUCUAAUGAGGUCACAAGUUCACAGGUCAAAGAGUGCUGGUACAUUUACAGAGGUUCAUUAUCCACUAUAGCGAAGAACAAAUCAUGAAAAUCUUAAAUGAAUGUACCCCCUUCCUGCUAUCCUUUUGCAAUAAAGAGAUGUUAACCAACACAUAACGUGCUGUUCAACAUUUGUGGAACUUCCGUUUGCGCGUGUUGGAAUGUACGCUGCUCCAAAUUAUGAAGAAUUGGUACAAAGCUUUGUUUAUUUAUAAACAUAAACCCAAUAUUAAAGCAUGUUUGAAUGAUUCUAGCUGCUUGCCUUGUUGGAUGUUAUUUCCCUGCACCUAAAAAGCAUAGGAUAUUGGAUGAACCAGAGCACUCUAUGGGUACCAGAUGCCAGCUCGCCUGUCACCUUAAUGUGGUCAUUUAAUAUGUCCUAUAUAGCUACAGUAUACCACCAGACUGGCUAGAGUCACACUGAAAACUCAAUGUACUGUAGCGUAUCAACAGUUUAUGCCCUGAAACAUCUGACGCAGCAGGCUAUUUCUGCCAUUGCUGCGAUGUCAUUCCAUGUUAAUUUGCUGUUGUGUCUGAGCUGUGGUGUUUGAGGUUGCUGUUAGAAAAGUGUUGUGUAUUUGUUGCACUUGCAGUGCUUGGUGUCCUGCGUAUCAUAUUGCCUUCUGCACACACUGUUCCGUGUGUCUUUUCCCCGCACU